AUGACAACUCCGGAACUAUUCACGUCGGCUGGCGCACAGCAGGCAUUGCAUCCUCUUCGCCGAACUGCGGAUCGGGUCACGCGCCAAAUUGAGGCAUUCGCAGAAAAGCUCGACCGUUUCAAACAAAAAGAGAACCGAGAUAGUGAAUUCGAGAAUUACCAAGCUGCCUACCAAUUGGUGAAGAGCUAUCAAAAUCUUGCAAAUGAUUCUAUCGAGGAUAUCUCCAAGCAAAACACCCUGAAGCGCGCGAAGAUGGGGUGGAAUACCAGCCGGACCAAUGGAACAGCGGCGCAGGAUCCCAAGACACAGGAGGAACUUCAAAGAUUACAGCUAGAAGCGAACACCUGGCAGCUCCUUCUUAAUCUGAUUAGCAUCAACGAUCCCCCAAGCAGGGCUAGUGCCAAACAAGCUCAAGAGACUGCCUUCCAGAAUCUUCACCGCUACUCGACCGAUCGCGAAAUUUGGGAACAGUUCGUGGGUGCUGAUCACUAUGCUCUGGAAUGCGUGAUCAUCAUGAAAUGGCUGGAACACACUUCAAAGUCAGCAAGUCAGGACAUCGACUCGAUAAUCUCGGAGUUAGAGGCGCAGGCUCAAAGGGGCCAAGGGAUGUGGACCCACGGCUGGCUCUAUACUAAGGAGACUAUCAAAGGUCAAAAGCGACUGCGAGCUUGGCCUCAACCUCUCGAGCCUAACGAUCCCGCUGUCGCGGCCUCGCUCUUAGUCUCAGAGAAGUCAGAAUCAAUGAUUACCCAAUUGGAUCCAGAUGCGGUCACUCGACAAAAACAGAAGCUUCAGAAACAGGAUCAGUUCCAUGAGCGCGCGACUUGGAUGACUUGCUGGAAGAUGCUGAGACAGGGCGAAAGUUGGACAAAGAUUCGGGAGUGGGCAGAAUCUUGCCUGGAGAACUGGCGAGCUGUUAGCUUGUGUGGCUCGAGCGUGGACGCAAGCUCUUCUCGCGGGGAACGGACACCUGUUGACGAUGGAACCACGCGCAUGAUGAACUGGCGGUCACAAACUACCUGGCGAAACGCCUGCUCUGCUUUGGCGCGUAGCCAAGGAACUGAAGAUUUCGAGCGCGCCGUCUAUGCAUUGCUUUGUGGCGAGACAGAAGCUGCCUUUAAGGUCUGUCAAAGCUGGGAUGACUACCUUUACGUUUAUUUCAACAGCGUUGUGCUCUCCCGCUACCAAGGGUUCUGCAAGCAGUUUCAACGGAAACUUAAUCACUCGCCUACUGUUCCUGUCGCAUUUGUUCCCGAGCCUGUUGGGUAUGCUGAUGUGAACAAAUUUGUGCUGUAUACGAAGGGCAACGAUCGCGUCGGGGUCGAGGCACGCAACCCGUAUAGGACUAUCCAGGCGGCUAUCCUGGGUAAAGGGUACGACUCAUUUUUCCACUCUCUGGCGAAAGCGGUAUCACAAGCGGCGGCCAGCAAGGGAGAUCUGUCUUUCGUACCAGAUCUUCCGCCAGCUGCCGUGGACGACUCUUUAUUGAUUGCGGCUGAGGACGGCGAUGCCUUGAGGAUCGCGACUCAUCUCUACAUCAUUGCGAAUUCGCUCGGCUAUGUGCGCUCAGAUACGCAGUUCUCGACUAACGCGUCUAUCAAUGUCAUUGGAUAUAUUGCUAACUUGGAGGAAGCCCGGAUUUACGAUAUCAUCCCUCUUUAUGCAUCGCUUCUACCAACAUACCAGGCACACUCUGUGCUUGGCCAGAUCCUGAUUGAGGUAGUCGACCCGCGGGAGAGACGACAACAAGUCAGGCUCAUGGAGAAUCAUGGUAUCGAUGUUGAAGCUGUCUUGCGUGAUCAGUGGCAGUGGGUUAGCGCUAGUGUUUCCUCGGUUGAACAUUCAAGUACGCUUAAGCGAUACCCCAAGGUUGUCCGUCGCAAGGAUGGCCUGCCUGAGGUGGUACCAGUCAAGAAGGAUUACAUUGGAACCGAUGUAUCUGGUACGGAAGAACGCGUCAUUAGAAGCUUGGAGUGGCUUCGCCAUGUUGAUGGACAAUGGGGGAGGAUCUGUCAACUGGGUGCCUUGCUGUACAGAAAAUUUUAUGGUAUGUCUCUAUGCCUCCAACUGCCUCGGACAUGGUAUUGA